UACAAAGGUAGGCUACGGUUCUUUGAGAAAAGAAGACCUGGUAUAGGCUGAAAUGCACAACUAUAGACUCUUGGUCAACCAUUCCGUUAAACCUCCUUUAAGGGCUGGCAGGGACAAAUGUAAGUGAAUGAUAACGCUAAUGUGCCGGUGUUUAAAGUCUUGGAAUGUAUGCACAAGAUCUAUCAGAUAUAUCAGAAAAAUAUCGCAUGAAGCUUAUCUCCGCAGCUCAGCAUUCAAUGCUUGUUUAAAAGAUAAAAAGCUUUCGCUGGUCGAAGAACCCUCGACACAAUUUGGAAGGCAGAUUCAUUUUAAAUAAAGAAGUAUUUUUUCGAAUGAAUUAAGUCCAUCCUGCAAUCGGCGCUGGUAGCCAAUGUUGCUGGUAGUGAUGUGUGUUAAGGGGUCAGUCUAACCCUUGCACUCAAAACAUAGCUGAUAUAACAGUAAACAAGGUUUGCAUGAUUUCAACUCAAUAAUUAGGCCUACUAGCUCUUCAUAAUAAGAUUGAAUUGUGGCACAUUUAGCACAUUAAAAGCCUUAAAGUAACUUCCCUUACCUGGAUUUUGUAUGUGAUGGGAAGGUUGUUCUGAUUGGGUGGUUGUGGUAAAAAAAGAUAGGCGGGACUGUUACAGGUGUGUCUGUUGCUGCGCACCUUGUAUCAGUUCAGCUUCAAAUUUACCUGAGGAAGAACACCAAACAAUCCGGACAGGUGAUUUGUGUAAUCGGAUGGACUGGUGACUUAUUUUUCAACAUUUUGUCUGCUGCAGGAGGGCUGCAAGCAGGAGGGGCGUGGGCUCACCCUGCCCGGCCCUGGGCUUCGUUCUCCUGAGCCGGACCUCACAUCACCCUGUUUUGCACUUCCAUGUCAAACGGCUAUCUCACAUAUGAAUGUCCAGGGUUACAAACGGGUCCGCUGGCGCGUGUGGCUGUGCUAUGUUGGAGCAGUCCUCUCCCUGGGUCUGCUGCUGCUGCUGUUCAAGUGGCGUCCGCGAUGGGGGGUUCUGGCCCGCUGCCGAACAUGCCCGCUGCCCAUGGCGGACACCAUACUCUUAAGGGAUGACUUUGGUGAGCAGUGUGUCCUCGAGGUGCUCACUGAGGAGAUUGAUGAAGAAGGUCUGGGCCCGGCGGCUGGUGAGGGAAAUGAAUAUGAGUGGAGAGACACAGUGCAGCUACACAAGGAGGAGAAAUUGCUGCUGCGGUACUAUGUGUUUAAAGGUAUCCGGUAUGUGUGGAUGGCCAGGAAAGGAGCUUUCUGCAAAGUCAGUAUCCUGAAUGAUGACUGGUCUUGUGCAGAACUGCACCGAAUGCAGCAGGGACUAAGUUGCCAAGAGCAGAGCAGCAGGAGGAAGGUAUACGGCCAGAACCUUAUUGAUGUCCCUGUGAAAUCCUAUAUGCAGCUGCUCUUUGAGGAGGUGCUCAACCCAUUCUACAUGUUCCAGGUCUGCAGUAUCAUCCUGUGGAUGUUAGACAACUACUUUUACUAUGCAGCCUGUAUUUUCAUCAUUUCUCUCUUUUCCAUUGCUCUCUCUCUGUAUGAGAUACGCAAGCAAAGCACUACACUGCGCAAAAUGGCCCAGCUAAUUGUACCUGUGACUGUGCGCAGGAACACAGGAGAGGAGGAGAGUAUGAGCUCUCUGGACCUGGUGCCAGGGGACUGCAUUUUGGUCCCGCCGGAAGGGCUAAUCCUGCCCUGUGACGCUGCCCUGCUGGCCGGGGAGUGCAUGGUUAAUGAGAGUAUGCUGACUGGCGAGAGCAUUCCUGUGAUGAAGACUCCACUGCCAGCGGCUGCGGAGAGGUACAGCGCUGACGCCCAGCGGAGACACACUCUGUUCUGUGGCACACAGGCCAUCCAGGCCAAAGGGGGCUGCCCUGGAGGAAGAGGGGCUCUCGCCGUAGUCGUUCACACAGGAUUUUUCACAGCCAAAGGAGAUCUGGUCAGUUCCAUUCUCUACCCACAGCCAAUUAACUUCCGCUUCUACAAGGAUGCCGUUAAGUUCCUGCUAUUUCUGGGAGUGCUAGCUUUGAUGGGCACAAUUUAUAGCUUAGUGAUGCUGAGCUUGAGCAAUACGACUGUGCUUGAGCGUGUGAUUCGCAUGCUGGACAUUGUGACCAUCAUAGUGCCACCAGCGCUGCCUGCAGCCAUCACCACUGGCACCAUCUAUUCCCAGCGACGGCUUAAAAAGAAGGGCAUCUUCUGCAUCAGCCCGCCCCGCAUUAAUGUUUGUGGGAAAGUCUCCAUCUUCUGCUUUGACAAGACAGGCACCUUGACAGAGGAAGGUCUGGAUGUGUGGGGGGUAAUGGAGGCCACUGGUAACACUUUCUCAGAGCUGGUUCCAGAUCCACGCCUCCUGCCUCCUGGGCACAUGCUCUCUGGCCUGGCCUGCUGUCACACCGUGGCCCUGCUGGGAGGCCAGCCGCUGGGAGACCCUCUGGAGCUUAAAAUGAUUGAGUCCACUGGUUGGGAGCUGGAAGAGCCAAUGGGGGAGGAUGAAAGAGCGCACACAGAGUUUGGGGGGCGGAGAGUGCUGGCUGUGAUGAGGCCACCUCCUCAGGAGCUGCUCCCCCAAGACGUUUCUAUGAGUCAGUCAGUGGCCAUUAUCCAGCGCUUCCCCUUCUCCUCAGCUCUGCAGCGGAUGAGUGUGACCACGGUGGCCCCUGGUGGGCAAGGGGCCGCUACCUUUCUCAAAGGGGCUCCUGAAAUGGUAGCCAGCCGCUGCCUCAAGGAAAGUGUACCUGCUGAGUUCACCAGCACCCUGCGUAGUUUUGCCAGUGAGGGUUUCAGGGUACUUGCACUUGCCUACAAGCCACUUGAUGAAAAGACAGACCUAAACUCUAUUUCACGGGAUGAGGUGGAGAGCGAGAUGCGGUUCCUAGGUCUGCUGGUGAUGAAGAACCUGGUGAAGCCUGAGAGCCCAGAAGUCAUCAGCACUCUUCGUCAGGCCAGGCUGCGGACCGUCAUGAUAACAGGUGACAACAUUCUUACUGCGGUGAACGUGGCUCGAGGGUGUGGGAUGGUGGCCUCCGACGAGAAGGUGAUCUUUGUCCACACGUCGCCCCCCACUGCCCACUCGCCAGCAGUGCUGAAGUUUCAUCUGGGAGAGGGAGGCGGGGAGGAGGAGGUGGCAGCGUCGCAAGGAGCAAUGGAUGUUCUCUCCCAGGGGCUCUACCAGAGCGGUGUAAGCUAUCACCUUGCUGUCAAUGGGAAGUCCUUCUCCGCCUUGUGCGACUACUUUCCAGAGUAUUUGCCCAAGGUUUUGAUGAGAGCCACUAUUUAUGCACGCAUGGCCCCUGACCAGAAGACACAGCUGGUUACUGCACUUCAGAACCUCAACUACAGGGUGGGGAUGUGUGGGGAUGGAGCCAAUGACUGUGGAGCUCUGAGGGCAGCUGACGUAGGUGUGUCCCUCUCGGAGGCCGAGGCGUCUGUGGCCUCUCCCUUCACUUCAAACACUGACAACAUAAGCUGUGUGCCUUUGCUAAUCCGAGAAGGGAGGUGUGCUCUUGUGACGUCCUUCGCUCUCUUCAAGUACAUGGCCUUGUACAGUCUGAUCCAGUUCGCCUCUGUCCUUAUUCUUUAUACAAUAAAAACAAACCUGGGCGACUUGCAGUUCCUUUUCUUUGACCUGCCUCUGGUGACGGUCCUGGCCAUUGUGAUGGGGAAAGGAGGCCCUAGCAAUGAGCUCCACCCUCAGCGGCCUCCUGCCAGCCUGUUGGCUCUGCCGGUCAUGUUGAGUCUCCUGCUGCACACCUUAUUUCUGAUUCUGAGUCAGGUGGGAGCCCUGCUCAUCACCUACUCUCAGGACUGGUUUGUUCCACUCAACUCCACUCUGGCAGGAGCAGCAAACUUGCCAAACAUGGAAAACACAAGCGUCUUUCUGGUGUCAGGGUUUCAGUACAUCUUUAUGGCCAUCAUCGUGACCAAGGGAUAUCCCUACAAAAAGCCACUAUACACCAAUGUGUUGUUUGUGUUUAUACUGCUGGUCCUGUUCACUGCAAUGUUCUGGUUGGUGCUGUACCCACUGAGCAUCGCUCACCGGAUACUGCAGCUGUAUGAAACCACUGACAUGAACUACAAGCUGCUGCUGGUGGCUUUGGCUGCUCUUAACUUCUUCACCUGCUACCUGCUAGAGGUUUUGAUUGACAAUGGUGUCCUGAACUGCUUCCGUUCCCUACGAGGAAGGCGCAAAUCCAAAAAGCAUUACAAACGUCUCGAUACCCUCCUAGCUGAGAAUUUCUCUUGGCCUCCCCUGGACCAACCACUGUCUUCACCACAGUGCACAGUCAUUGGGCUUAGCUAGCAUUAACUUUAAGACUGUUCCUUUGUGUUGAUUACCUUGAGCCAAAAUUGGAUCUGUCAUCAUGGAAAACAUGACCAGAGAACCAGGUCCCAUAAAGACGCCUAUUAUAUAAGGCACAGUGGAAUAAUAAAACACACAGAUGCAUGUAUAACCCAUGAGCUGUUGUUGUUGUUGUGAUGCUGCUGAGGUGUCAGCGCUAUUUUGUUAAAAGGUCAGAGAUGUAUUCAGCAAUGUGCAAUAAAGGCUGUUUUUUUAAGGUA